GGUGGGUGUAGCACCGGUGCCUGGCAGCUUCCACACGAGGAUUCCAGAGGAGAGGUGCCCUGAUGACCGUGCUUCUGGAACAACCUCAGUCUGUCUCCCCAGAUCGCGGUCAUGACGCUGACGCUCUUUCCCAUCCGGCUGCUGCUUGCCGCCUUCAUGAUGCUACUCGCCUGGCCCUUUGCGCUCGUCGCUUCCCUGGGACCCGCUGAGAGGGACCCGGAGCAGCCCCUGGCCUUGUGGCGGAAGGUCGUGGACUUCCUGCUCAAGGCCAUCAUGCGGACCAUGUGGUUCGUUGGUGGCUUCCACCGGGUGACCGUGAAGGGGCGGCAGGCCCUGCCCACCGAGGCAGCCAUCCUCACCCUGGCACCACACUCCUCCUACUUCGAUGCCAUCCCCGUCACCAUGACCAUGUCCUCCAUCGUGAUGAAGGCCGAGAGCAGAGACAUCCCGAUAUGGGGAACUCUGAUCAAGUACAUACGGCCUGUCUUCGUGUCCCGGUCAGACCAGGAUUCUCGCAGGAGGACCGUGGAGGAAAUCAAGAGACGGGCGCAGUCAAACGGCAAGUGGCCACAGAUAAUGAUUUUUCCAGAGGGAACUUGUACCAACAGGACCUGCCUAAUUACCUUCAAACCUGGUGCCUUCAUCCCGGGAGUUCCUGUCCAGCCGGUGGUCCUGCGGUACCCAAAUAAGCUGGACACCAUCACGUGGACGUGGCAAGGCCCCGGAGCGUUAGAAAUCCUGUGGCUCACCCUGUGUCAGUUUCACAAUCAAAUUGAAAUUGAGUUCCUUCCAGUGUACAACCCUUCAGAGGAGGAAAAGAAGGACCCCGCCCUGUAUGCCAGCAACGUGCGACGCAUCAUGGCCGAGGCCCUGGGCGUCUCUGUGACCGACUACACCUUUGAGGACUGCCAGCUGGCCCUGGCGGAAGGACAGCUUCGGCUCCCUGCAGACACCUGCCUUCUGGAAUUCGCCAGGCUGGUGCGGGGCCUGGGCCUAAAACCAGAAAAACUUGAAAAAGAUCUGGAUAGAUAUGCGGAAAGUGCUGGGAUGAAGAGGGGGGCAAAGAUCAACGUCUCAGAGUUUGCGGCUUACCUGGAAGUGCCUGUCUCCGACCCACUGGCCGACAUGUUCUCCCUGUUUGACGAGAGCGGGAGCGGCAAGAUGGACCCCCGGGAGUACGUGGUCGCCUUGUCUGUCGUCUGCCGGCCUGCCCAGACCCUGGACACCAUACAGCUGGCCUUCAAGAUGUACGGGUCUCAGGAGGAUGGUAGCAUAGACGAGGACGCCCUAUCCAGCAUCCUCAAGACGGCAUUAGGGGUGGCAGAACUCACCGUGACCGACCUCUUUCGGGCCAUCGACCAGGAGGAGAAGGGGAGGAUCACGUUUGCCGACUUCGGCAGGUUUGCAGAAACGUACCCCGACUUUGCAGAGGAGUAUCUGUACCCUGACCAGCCGCCUUUCGAGAGCUGUGCACAGACGCCUCCCGCUCUCACCCCCAACGGCUUCUGUGCUGACUUCAGCCCCGAGAACUCGGAUGCUGGGAGGAAGCCUGUGCGGAAGAAACUGGACUAGGACUGAGGGUGCUGGAGAGAUGAGACUGCUCCCCGGCAGUCACCACCCACCUCCGCAUGGCCGUGAGCCCUCUGCUGUGACCAUCUCCGGGCUCC